AGCAACUAGAGGAACCAGAGGAGCAGAGACGCUGAGACCAGCCCAGACAGUUCCAGCUCUCACACCCAGGCUCCCUGCAGACAUGAAGGUCUCCGCAGUGCUUCUGUGCCUGCUGCUCACAGCUGCCGCCUUCAGCAUCCAGACGCUCGCCCAGCCCGAUGCAAUCAAUUCUCCAGUCACCUGCUGCUAUACACUCACCAAUAAGAAGAUCCCGAUGCAGAGGCUGGCGAGCUAUAAAAGAGUCACCAGCAGCAAGUGUCCCAAAGAAGCAGUGAUCUUCAAGACCAUCGCAAACAAGGAGAUCUGUGCUGACCCAAACCAGAAGUGGGUCAAGGAGUCCAUAACACUCCUGGACAAGAAAACCCAAACUGCAAAGCCUUAACUUCUCACUCAACUGAAGAAUCUGAAUUAAUUUAUUUUCAUCUUGCUUUCCCUAAAUGCCUUAUGAUAUUAUUUUAUUAUAAUUUCAAAGAGUGCAAACUUCGUUUACUGAUACACACAUGAUGCCUUAAGUACUGUUAAUCUUAUUUAAGUUAUUGAUGUUUAAAAUUGAUCUCCCAUGGAUACUAGGUUGUUGUUGUUAGUGGUGGUGGCUUUUUUUUUUUUUUUUGAUAUGGAGACUUGGACAAAUUGCCUUCCCCUGUGAGAGCUGUUCCACCCCUGGGAUGGUGUGAGGGUCCUUGCAAGGACCAUUAAUGCAAAGACUGUGUUUUAAAUUCUAAAGGAUUGCUAAAAAUAUUAUUGUGAAGAUGUAUAUUAUAUUACUAUUGAUCAAUAUAUAUA